AUGUCACACGAACAAUCAAAUGUGGUGGCCGUGUUCUUUUCGGAGUUCAAUAUGAAGUCGGGAUACAAGCUCUUGUGGUCAAAGGCAGCAAACGAUGUGUCACUCGAAGGGGUCGAGUACAAAUCGCUUCCUAGUGGAAUCCAUGACUUGCAAGAAGCAACAAUAUUUCUAAGUCACAAGUCAGGCAACAGCCUCCUUUAUGGAUUAAGUUGCUUCAAACAGUUUGCAAUUGAUAGUAGCAAGACAGAUGAUCGAGACAACUUGAGAAUGUAUUCAGUUGGUGUUUUGUGUGAGCCAAAGGAAAGCGACUGGAAACCAAACGAAUUUAUCAAUAACGGCUGGGAGUACAUUGAGGAGCUAAAGGAUGUAUUAAGUGAGAUAGAAGCAGAUAUUAUUAGGAAAAAGGAAGCAGGGCUUGAGCUUGAUUUGGACUUGACCAAGAUUGGAAAAGACUUGCAGCAGGUUGGUUCUGCUGGUUCCAGCUUGAAUAUUCCUGGUGCCGAGCCAAGCAAAGGUAAGCAUUUACUACUAAAUCUACCCCCGAUGUUUGAAACUUUGGGUCCCCUCAUAUUUGCCAUUUACAAACAAAGCCUUUUAAGGAAGAAUAUCUUGUUUUUCAAUGAGAUGCAUUUGAACAGUGAUGCCGAAACAAGCGAGGGCCAAUUAGUAGCCAAAGACUACUAUAGCCUUCUUUCCUCCUUUAGCUACUUAAUAUCUGUUUUAUCGGUGGUUCCAAAAAGUACAAAAUUGUCCAACCCAGGACUUCACGCUCAGCAACCAUUAUACAACAUCGGCUUGAACGAUCUUUCCUCGAAUCUACUCCAACAGUUUCAAAAAUCCAACAACGGGUAUGUAGCAGUUACCAGUGACGAAAUAUUGAAGGGCCACCCAAUCUAUGAUAUCGGUGUUGAAGUGGGCCAUACGAUAAAGGUAUUUGGUCGAGACAAGAACGGUAUCAAAGCUACAAUACGAGACUAUCACAAAUUCCAAGUGCUAUAUUCCGACCUUGUUGCUGAAAAUCUUGAUUUCACCAACAAUUCAAAUGUAUCUACAGACGACUUAAGCUCAGUCACAUCUCGAACCGAUAAUGAUGAAAAUUCAAUACAAUCUUCUCGUGUGGCUGCGAAAAUGUAUGCUGAUAUUUCACCCAGGUUCAAUAACGAACCACUAUGGUGGCAGCAUGAUGCAGUUGAGCCUGUUUCGUGGGCAGAAUCAAUCUGGUCAGCUUUUUCAUGGUUUGCAUCUGCUGGGCAACAACUCAACAUGGAAGAGGAACUUCCAGAUGUAAAGUUGAAUAAGAAGAUUGACUUGCUUGACCUCAUGCACGUUGUGGGUUACUUCCAUCAAUUGACCUCGAAGUGGCUCAAUUACAUUGAUGAGGCUAUAAACGAGUCUUCGGAAGAGCAUCUGAGUAACUAUGACAGUUCUGAAGAUGAGCAACUCGUUAUCAAAGUCGAACUUGAUCUUUCUUAUCAAGACAUGCUUGACAUGGAAUUGGAUCCUUACAGCCAACAAGAUGUUCAAUUCUUGAAGGAGUUUGUUAUGUUGUAUUUUCAAGACAGAGUAGAAAGUGUUGAAGUAGGUUACAAUUUGAGCAACAUUUGUUGUUAG